AUGUCUUUUGUGAAAGGAACGUUAUCGGAUGCCCAGCGACAACGAAUAGAAGCCAACAGAAGAAGAGCUUUGGAACGCCUUCAGAAAAAGGGAUUGCGCGAUCAAACCGUGGUGUCCCUGAUAGAUCCUACCAUUGUAGCGGAUUCUGGCAACUCAAUACUGGUUGACACGCAUAAUCAGACGACAGGAAGUACAAUAGACCUACUGCAGAAGAAGCAGAAAGUCGAGUUGACUCCUGAACAGCGAAAGCGCAUUGAACAAAACCGCAAAAAAGCAUUAGAAAUCCGAGAGAAUCUACAAAAAAACCACCGCGAUGCCACAGACCAUACUAUUCCAACGCUACCGGUUCCAGAUGCUCUUGUGCAACAGGAACAGGCCAAAAAGAAACUGGAAGUCAUCAAGCCCAUGAACCGUAAAAGGGACUAUAUUGACUACGACUUCUCUACCAUGAAAGAUACCCACGGAGGAUUCAUGGACGAUCCUUCGGGUGAUGAGGAUGCCCUAAUAAACCAAUCUUUGGAGGAUUGGAAAGAACGACAAAAACGUGAACUCAUUGUUCAUGAUCUUGCUCCUCCGCUUGACAUUGCAUCUGCACCAAAGUGUGUUGAGUGUGAAUCUUUAGAAAUCGAUCCAAACUACUAUUCGAACUUCAAGCAAACGCGUGUAUGCCGCCGUUGUGCCAAAGAAAAGCCUGAAAAAUACUCGCUCUUGACCAAGACUGAGUGCAAAGAAGAUUAUCUUCUCACCGAACCCGAGUUGCAAGAUAUUAAUCUUCUUCCACGUAUCGAAAAACCUAAUCCCCACGGAUACUCACGGAUGCAGUUGUUUCUUCGGCUUCAAGUAGAAGAAUUCGCUGUGAAAAAGUGGGGUUCAUUGGAAAAUCUCGAUAAAGAAUGGGAAAGAAGAGAAGAGAUGCGGCUCAAACGAAAGGACAAGAAGUACAAGGACAAAUUGAAAGAAAUGAGACGCAAAACUAGAGCUGAAGAAUAUACUACAAAGCUUAGAAACGGUAAGUCCCUUAACGAUAAACACGUACACGAUUGGGCCCAGCCAAUUCCCUUUGUUAAAGAUGAUAUGAACUUUGUCAAGAAGAGAUGUAUUGAUUGUGGUAUAGAAGUUGAAGAAGUUAAAUUGUAA